CGAUUCCUGGAAUCUGGAGGAAUCUGAAAAAGAUUUUUGACGGAAGUCUUACGCAGGCCCAUAUCAAGGAUCAACAACAAGAGCAAAUUGACCGCCUCCAAACGCUCAAUGAACGCAAAUCCGCUAAAAAAACUAAACGCCAGGUGCAAGUUGGAGGCAUUCUCUCUGUAGCAGAUGCGAAUAGAGCCAUCAAAAAGCGUGCUACAGCUGAGGAAAAGAAGGCUGAGAGGAAAAGGCUCAAGGAGCUACGAAAUGCGCCAUUGGGAUCAAUGCCUCCCCCGCUUACAGCAAGCGACGAGGCGGCAAUUGAUCGUAAUAUCAUAUUGAAUCUGGUCGAGCAGGCUUACCCGAGACGCUCUGAUCCAAAUUUAAUUCGUUGGGUGGAGGAUAGGAUAUAG